GGUGGAAAUACGCGGGAAUUUAGAACGCAAAAAGCAUAAAAAAUGGCGACCGUUGUUUUGACACGUGUUUCACGCCGUUUGGAUAUCACCAUUAUUUUAUUAUUCUUAAGACUUAUUGCAAUUUGACGCAAUAAGACGUUCAAUAUAUCGUUGAUACGCGAUAAUUUUUUCUAAUUAUAAGGAAUGUUUAUAUUGUUCCAUUGUUUGCGUUCUAUAAUCUUGCAACUGAUACUUCGAAAUAAUCAUAUGUAUAUAGAAGUCAAACGUGUGAAACGUUUGUAGCAUAUUAUCGAGAAACGACACACAGUGGCCGAGCAGUAACGAGGGGAAAGUUUCGAAAAUUCUAAAGUGGACAUGCGUAUCAAAGAUCGGGCUGAGGCUGCACACCGAUGACGCACGAGUCGGUGACGAGGUGACGAGCACGACGACGACGACGACGAGCGCCACGGAGCCACACGAGUCGGAGGAAACGAAUCGAGGAAUCAUGGCUAAAAGCGCGGAGAGAUUGCCCGGCACCUCGACCAGGUUAAGAACCAGAGACGACGGCUGCUGCUCGGUCAAUUUCCUGAAAUACGUGCUGCACAUUUACAACGUGGUGUUAUUCUUGUCUGGACUGGUGGUGGGCGGGAUCGGUAUCUGGACGGUGAUUUCGAAGCACAGCUACGUGUCCCUGAUGACGACCUCCACGUAUCCGACGCUAGCCUACGCUUUGAUCGUCGCAGGUGCUCUGGCUGUGGUCGGUAGCUGGCUCGGAUGCGGCGGUGUAACUUCUGAAAAUAGAUGCGUACUUCUCAUAUACGUGUUCGUGGUGAUGCUGGUGUUCGUGCUGGAGGCAGGUGUCGGUGCCUUGGCGCGUCUCUACGAGGAACAAGUCGGUCCUGAAUUGAAGAUGAACCUUAAUCGCACCUUCCUCGAGAACUACGCCGUGAGGCGCAGGGAAACUUCGGCGAUCGACCAGAUGCAGAUAGAGUUCAAAUGCUGCGGUGCCCUGAGAUUCGAGGACUGGGUGGUGAGCGAGUGGCACAAGGACGAGAAUGUCCUGAAGAACGGGAGCCUCGUGCCGGAUAGCUGUUGCAAGACACCGACCCUACUCUGCGGAAGGAGGGAUCAUCCGUCGAACAUCCAUUACACGGGUUGCAUCUACAAGUUUCUCGAGACGACCAAGGAUCACCUGAUCAUCCUCGGGGCUGUUGGCCUGGGAUUGUCGGUCCUCGAGCUGUUCGGCAUCGUGCUCGGCUCGUGCCUCUACAUAAAGCUGAGGCACGACUUCGACGACUGAGAAUUGCUGCAAACACUGGAGAGCAACAAUAACGGCCGUUCCUGGUGCAGAUACAUGCAGAACGGCGCGGGAGCCGUUUGAUCGUUGGGCUGGAAGGAAAGGAAGAGGGAGGGGAGGGGGAGUGGCCGUCGGGAAGAGGAGGAAGGAGGGAGGAAUCCUUCUUCGCCGUUCACCAUUUCUUGCUUUUCUUUUUUUCACGUUGAAUUUCCCUUCGAUCAGAGGGACUCGUGGAAUUUCUAUUCGAUUCUAUCCCUCUUUCGGAGGACGACUGCGAAGAAAAAGAGGAAGAGAAAGGGGGAAGGAGGGAGUAGAAAAAGAGGGAAAAUGAAGGGAAAACGAUGUGACAUACGAUAUUCCUUAGCCACAGGAAUCUUUAAAGUCAGACUCCUUUUCUCUCUCUUCUUUCUUUUUUUUUUUAUACAGUAUAAAAGAGAGAUUCGAGACAAAAAAAGUAGAUCGCAGGAUGAAUUCAUUCGAUAUAACGGGUCACCGAUUUCUCCUCCUCUGUCUGGAUGAUAAAUCUACGAUUAAUUCUACUGCCCGGAAUGACUAUCCCUCCUGCUCUCCCUCGUGCUCUUAUCACCCAUGACAAUUUUAUAGAGAAUAUUUUAACGAAACACUUCCACCUUUCGAACUUGUUAUUAUUCGUAUUUUCGAUAAGGGGAUCGCGCUCUAAUCCAAAGUUUUUCUAUACGCCGUUCUCUGUUUUCUCGUGGCGAGGGAACAGAGAGGCAUUCCUGUUUUUAUACACGGGACGACAUCGAUCACGAUGCCAGCGUUUAUACUCGCGGCUAGUGAUCUUUUCGAUUACGAAUCGAACGUACUCGAUUCCAUUGUCGGCAACGUUCUUCCGCUCGUACAAAUCACGCUGUCUCGUCGAAUACUGCCGUAACGAAUCCGCACAAACGUUUCUAAAGGUAUACAUAUACACACACACACACACACACACAUAGAUUACACGAUUACGAGGAGCGAGUUAGCGUUCUUUAGCUAGUAAAAAAAAAAGUCACGACGACGUGUUCCAAUGGUCGCGAUCGAAACACGGGGCUAUUCUUUGGGGCCAAACGGUCCCCAUUCGUCGAUCAAACGGACUAUUUUAUCGUCCUGGUUUUUAAUCGAAUAUAAAAAUAAAAAAUAAAUAAAAAAUAAAAAAAAUAUCCGAGGAAAGAGAGAUCCGAUUGUUCGAGCGAUAGCGAAACGAUCGUCCUUCUAUUCCGUUAAAGUCGACCACCAUCACUCGCGUCCUCGAGUUUUCUUGUUCUCUGUAAAAAGAGAAUUUUUAUUCGAUCAAUUAAAACGAACCUAACGGAUUUAAUAUUUAUCGAAAAAGUCGAGAACGUAUCGAUGUGUUUUUUAAAUGAAAAAAAAAAAAAAAAAGGGAAUGACGAUGGUUUUCAGCAGAAUCGAGACCUCGAAUAGAACUGUAAACAGUGCCUUGACAAAGUUAGCGUUAAGUUGAGAUAAUAUUUUAAAUUAUCGUCGAUUGUAAAUUCGUGCAGAGAAAACUGAUAACGAUGUAAAUGUACGUACAGUAUUUAUUCGUAUAUGAUAUAUAUAUUAUAUAAUAAUAUAAUAUAUAUAUAGUAUAUAUAUUUAUCUGUUGCUUCGCAGAUCAAUAAAAGCCUUCGCACAUUAUUUAUAGCAAAGUUUGUCGUACAACGAGAGCACUUGUUGCAUCGACGAUUGCGCGCAAGAAUGUUCUUUCCUUAUUUUGUUUUAAGGAAACGCAUUCGGCGUAUUUAACGUUAAUCUCCUUUUGAUGCGACAAUUUAAUGCAUCUUCUUGUGUCUUCUUGUUAUUUUAUUUGAAAACUUUGAAAAUUUCUUUACGUAAUCGUCGAUUCAAUUUGAUGCCGCGCUCAAGACAAAGUUUAAGAAGAUAUUUUAUUAUUACAACACGAUCGCGCCAUAUGUUAUUUUAUCCUUUAUUGAUAUUUUAUUACAUAUAUGUGUAUUAUCUGUUAGAAUUUAGAACUUUAUAAAUAUUGUACAUAUCAAACCCUAUUCUGUUACGAAUAAAUAUUGAAAUCAUAUGAAUUGCAUUUUCUUAUAUAAAUAUUUUUAAUAUAGUUUAAAAAAACAUAAUUUAUUGAAAAUGGAACUUUUACUUCAAUAUAUUCGAAAAGAAACACCUUCUCAAAAAAAGUGCAAUUUUUUAAUUUUUAUUCAAUUGUGUUUUAUAAUCGAGAUAUAAACACAUUAUUCUUAUUGUUAUUAUAAUAAAUAGAAUGAUAAUAUAGAUGAGAUACGAGGAUAUACCUAACAAUAAAUAGAAUUUCAUAUCCUAUGUUCUGAAAUGCUGACCAAAAUAUUUUACAUGUUAGAGAAUAAGAAUUACAUUCGAUUCUAUCAGAAAAAUUCCAUAUAUUUUAAAAAUAAUGUCUUUAACACCUUUUCAUAAAUAUUUUUAUAAUAUAUGGGAUUGUAUUCAUAGAUAUUUUUUGUUAUGUAGUAAACAGACAGUUGAAUUAUUCAUGAAUUUAAAAUUACACCGAUUCGAUUGUUAAUCAGAUAUUGAAGCAAUCUUUUGAGUACAUAAAUGCACAACAAAUGCGUAAAUACAACAGCAAAAAAAAAAUUUAAAAAAAAAGAUAGAAAAUAAAAAUAUAGAAAUCAACACCAUUUUCAGAGUCCAAUAAAUAAAACUAAUUAAUCAAGGAUAGAAAAUAGCAGAAGAAAAAUAGAAAUAGAAUAAGAAUUAUUCGUCACUUUUUAAAUAUUAAAAAUAUCUAUAAUAUUCAAAAAAUAUCUAAAAUAUUUAAAAAAUAUUUCUAGAAUAUUUAAGAGGCAUUGAUUUUCAAUCUUUGUAUUAUCUUAUCCUCUUUUUGAAGAGAUGUUUUUGAUACUCAAAAGAUGGCGUCGAUGAUCAAUUCUUAUUUUAUUUCUAUCUUCUUAUCACUAUUUAGUAUUAUUUAUUAUUUAUUAUUUACGAUCCUGAAGAUAGCGCUGAUUUCCAUAUUACUUUAUCUCUAUCUUUAUUUUAUUAUUUGCUAUCCUUAUGCCGUAUGAUAAUAAUAUAAAUUACGUAAAUAUCUAUCCCAAAGAAAUUGACUUAUUAUCCAGAGGUCUCAAUAUCGUUUGCAUAUUUUUUCAUUGACUGUAGAUAUAUUAAAAAUGAAUCGUCCCUGGUACCAAGAGCAAGAAAUAACCAUGCAAACAUUGCAAGUAUGUCUUUCGAGAUAGAUAUCUUUUGCCAGUUAUUCAAUUCGUCCAGAAGAGAUUGAAUAUUAGUGACCUAAAAUAUAUUUAAUAUAGAAAAAAUGUUUUGCUUUAAAAAAUCAAAUACAUUAUUUUUUAUUUACGUUUUGCAACAUAGAAAUGUUGGAAUUAUAAUAAUGGAUUGAACUUAAUUUACUGUCAAUCUCUGCACAAACUUGAUGAAGGCAAAAAAUGGCCAGAUACAAAGGAACUGCGAUUAUCGCUUUAUUAUAGUCGAAAUAAAGCUCACGUAGAUGCUCUAUAUCGAAUCGUGCCAAAUCAAAUCUAAAAAAUACAAUCUUAUUUAAAAACUUGAAGAGUAAUUAAUUUUUUUAAUAGAUUAAAUUUACUUAUCAAAUGUUGCCACAAUGCAUAAAGCGAUAAGAAAUGAGAAAUUAUUUGUAUAAAUUUCGGAAUAUGUUGAAUAUUUUACAACAAAUUCCAUGGUAUUACUAAAAACUGUGCAUAACUGAAAAAAAAAUUAAAUAAAACAUUAAAACACAA